AGCAUAAUUUAGGAACUCUAUUGUUCCUUUUAAUUCAUUUUGAGUUUCCUUUGUUUUAAUUUCUUGAUUAUUUUGAAAUAUGCAUGCUUCCUAGAGUCUUUGUGCAAAAUAUUUAUAAGAAUUGCUUGUCAAAUUAGUGGUCAUGGUUUGAUUCACCAAAGAAAACGAAACCAAAUGGUUUAAUUGCAGUUUUGAUCCCCUUAUUUGUCGAUUUCUGAAUUUUGGUCCCCACAUUUUAAAUUUCCCAAUUUUGGCCUCUCAUUUUUUUCAAUUUCUGAAAUUGGACUCAAACACUUAAAAUUAUGCAUACAUGACAUAUUUUGAUAUGAUGUGGCAGCAAAUGGACCAAUCAAUUGUUGGUAAUUCUUCCUUUUUGUUGGUCAAAUAGUUUAGUCUCUAAACUAAUGCAUUUUGUUGGAACCCUAGAAAACUGGUUCUAUGAACCACUGUUUGUAGACCUCACCUCACUUCACCGUUUCUAUCCCGUACGAAAUAGAGCGAAGUGUUUGCUUGGAUGUGUAAAUCGGCAAUUUCAAAGUAUGUAAUCUAGCACCUCUUUCCACCGUUCCUAUCCAUUUUCCCAAUUGCAAUCUAGUAUGACUUUGAUGAGAUUUGAAAGCUCGCCGUAGAUUUGAUUCUCUUUGUAAUUGUAACUCAAAUUCCUGAUCCGUUGUAUAAUAUUGCAGAAAAUGAUUCCACAUUGUUUUUCCCUUUUAUGCUUGUGUAGGUACCAGUAGUUAUCUGAGUUGUAAUGUAUUCCUACCCUUAUAUUGCAUUCCUCAGAAUUCUCCAAUGCAAAAAAAUUAGCCAUAUUUGUGACUAAGAUUUUGAAUCUUCGUGAUACCACACCUUCACUGCACACUCUCGAUUUUGAGCGUAUGUGCAGUUUUGAGCCUCAACGGACUCUCAAAGAGAUUGUAAACUAUGCUUGUUCCCAUAAUACCCAACUCAAGCAAUUAGGAAUCCGUGUUAAAGGUGGUAGUAGUAUCAUUUUUCCUCGCAUUUCUUCAUGCCAGGCUCUUACGUCUCUUAAGCUUUAUGUUUACCCUAAAGGUCUUUAUAUUAAUGGGAAAAGAACAUUAUUUCCAAAAUAUCUGAAUUUGCCAGCAUUGACUAGCUUGGAUCUAACUUAUUUCACAUUUUGUGCUAGUGACAAUGCUGAUCAUGCCGAACCCUUUUCAUCAUUUAACAGCUUAAAUAAUUUGAUCAUUUCUAGUUGUACUGUAAUGGAUGCCCCAAUUCUAAGAAUAUCAAGUGCAACCCUUGUCAAUUUAAUCAUGUCUUAUAAUUCACCUGACUUUACCAAAAUCGAGCUAUCUGCUCCAAGUCUUUAUACCAUUACUUUUGAUGGUAUUCCUUAUCAGAGACUGAGUGGAAGCAGUCUUUCUUCAGUCAAACAAGUAAAGAUUGAUGCAGACAUAUCUACAAGAUUUGAGGAGUUUUCUUUGAUUCUAUUCAACUGGCUGCAGGAACUUGAUAAUAUAAAAUCAUUGACAGUCACUGCAAGUACUCUUCAGAUUCUAUCCUUAGUUCCUGAUUUAUUCAACGUUAAACUCCCUUCAUUGUUGUGUAACUUGAAGACACUGAAAGUAAAACUGAAAUCACUCCCUUUUCGAUUACAUCUUAUAUCGGAAUUGGCCAUGUUUAAGAACAAGUCACAUAAAGAAAUUCACAAGAGGCCUGAAGCAAGUGCUGAACCGUUUUUCACCAUACCUGAGGGGAUAGUAGACAUCUUAUUUCAAAACUCACCAUCUAGAGAAAUUGACAUCACCGAUUACAGGAGUCCACAUCAAAUUGUGCAGUGGGUUGAAAUCGACCUCAAAACUGUGAUCAUCAAUGGAGGAUAUAGAUGAGAAGAGUCAACAUAACUGCUACUCUUCUGUGUCAACCUUUGUUUUUGGAUAACUGACUGAAAAUAUCAGUUUGUUGAAUGCCUGACUAUGUUGAUUGUGUUGUACGAUUUGACAUGGAACUGAUCAAUCACAUGAAGUCUUUUUGUGAUCAACGCGAUUAUUUUAUCUGAUAGUCUCUGAUUUAAAGCUAUUUCCAAUAUACUCAUGGACCAACCUGCUUAGAGUAUGUGUCUUCGCCAUUUAGUUAUGUACGAACCUUGUACUAGUUUCGUUGUAUUGGUGCAUGUCUUUGUAUGAACGGGUUUGUUUUUUGUUUUUGGAGCCUAGAUGAAUCAUUUAGUUGUUACUCCACUAGAUAUUCAUAAAUUUUCUUUGGUUUCGAUGUUAAGGAUUGUGGUUUUCCAUGUUUCUGAUACAAUUUUAUAAUUGAUAUUUAUUA